CGGAAAGGAAAAGACUCCUCUGCUACGACUGUCUUCUCUCUUUCCACAUCCCCUCACUCUGCUUUUCCCCAGUCAUCUUUGUUUCUUCUCCUUACCCUGCAAGUUUUCUUCUUCACUGGUCACGCACUGACUGGAACCUCAUUGCGCCUAUUUUUCACUCUCUUUUCCUCCGCGCAUGGAAAACAAACAGUCGCGUUACCACAGCUUGCGUUAAUUUGAUUUCCUUAUUUCACUCAGGUUUGCUUCAUAAACCCCCGUGAUCGAUUUCGUAAACCAGCAACAAUGGCGACGCCGAGGGAGCACAUCGAGCAACUUCGUCGUCGGACGUUCUCGAUCGGAGAUGACGAGGAAAAUCCAUUGGCCGCCAUGCUCGAUCAAGCGGUCAAGUACCUCUCCGCUGAACUCUACGCCAAGGACGUCCACUUUCUGAUGGAGCUCAUUCAGAAUGCGGAAGAUAACGAGUACUCGGAAGAAGUUGAUCCUUCGCUGGAGUUUGUCAUAACGUCUCGGGACAUCACCGGAACCGGAGCGCCGGCGACGCUACUGGUCUUCAACAACGAGAAGGGGUUCUCGGCUAAGAAUAUUGAGUCUAUCUGCAGUGUUGGAAAUUCGACGAAGAAAGGCAAAAGGAAACGCGGCUACAUUGGGGAGAAAGGAAUUGGGUUCAAGAGUGUGUUUCUGAUCACGUCUCGACCUCACAUAUUCAGCAAUGGAUAUAAGAUUCGGUUCCAUGAGAAGCCACGCCUGCCCUGCAAGCUUGGGUACAUUGUUCCUGAGUGGGUUGAUGAUGACAAGCCUUCUGUUGCAGAUAUACAACAAGUGUAUGGUUCUUCGAGACUUCCCACCACUACAUUGGUAUUGCCAUUGAAGCCUGACAAGGUGAAACCAGUGAAGGAGCAACUGUCCGGUGUUCAUCCUGAAGUCUUGCUUUUUCUCUCAAAGAUAAAGCAUCUUUCUGUAAGGGAAGAGAACGAAAAUCCCAAGCUAAACGUGGUUUCCGCUAUUGCUAUUACUAAGGAGGUUGAUUACGUGUCUAGGAAGAACAUUGAUGCUGAGUCCUACAGCCUUCACCUGUCUGCUGAGAGUAAGGGUGAUGGUGAUGAUGGCCAGUGCAGCUACUAUGUGUGGAAGCAGAGGUUUCCGGUGAAAAGGGAAAAUAUUGUUGAGCAGCGAAUGGAUGUGGAGGAAUGGCUGGUGACUUUAGCUUUCCCUUAUGGAGAACGUCUUCACAAAGGAGGGCAUUCGCCUGGAGUCUACGCAUUUCUUCCUACAGAAAUGGUUACUAAUUUUCCCUUCAUCAUUCAAGCUGAUUUCAUUCUGUCGUCGUCCAGGGAAGCUGUGCUGCUUGAUAACAGAUGGAAUCAAGGGAUUCUCGAAUGUGUACCUGCAGCAUUCGUUAAUGCGCUAGCUGCUUUGGUUAAAACCAGUGAAGAUGCUCCAGUUUCUAGUUUGCCUCCGAUGUUUCGGUUUUUGCCUGUCGAGACCUCUACUUAUCCCUUCCUAAAUGUUGUGAGGGAGUCAAUUCAAUUGAAGUUAGCUGAAGAGAGCAUCGUACCUAGUGAAUCUUACAAGGAGCAGAAGUACUUUCACAAGCCCCGUGAAGUUAGCCGGCUUUUGCCUGCUUUUUGGGAUAUCCUGAAGGCGGCCAGGCAAGAAAAUGUCAACCUUCACAAUCUUUCAUCCCACGGGUGCUAUAUCCUUGCCUCUUCAUUUGACCGGAGUAAGUAUGACAAGGUUCUCAAAUUCCUGGGUGUGGGAUUCGUGGUAGAUGAAUGGUAUACAAAGUGCAUCCAAAGCUCUAAUCUCGUGAAGGGAAUCUCAGAUGAUCUAUACAUAGAACUUCUCCAUUUCAUCGCUGCAAAUUGGUCAACAAACUUGAAGAACACAAACUUGAGGGGUGUGCCCCUGCUGAGACAUGUUGGUGCUAAUGGGAAUAUGGGUAUCUGCAGCAUUAACGAAUCUGCCGAAAAGAAAAGUGGGAGAUUAUUAUGUCUAUCAGGGGAGUCUUCAUAUGCAUCAAUGCUUAUCGAUUGGAAUAACGAGUUUUGGCACAUAACACCUGUCUUUUUCCUCCCAGAAGCAAUACAGGAUGCACUCAGGUCAUCUGAAAGGAGGAGAUCUGUGCUAGAAUGGCUUAAAACUGUUGCAGGGCUUGUUGAGUUGAACCCGUGUGAAUAUUCAAAUUCUCUUAGGGAUCAUUUAGGUACUGACCAGAAGCUUGUUGUGGCCUAUGCUCACUUGUUGUAUCGUUCACACAAUGCCGAAUUUCUGACUGACCAGGAGGUUGAUAAUCUGUGCGAGGACAUGCCACUUGUUGAUAGCUAUGGGAAUGUUAUCAAUGCUUCCGAUCAUUUCAUCCUCGUUCCUGGUGCUGAAAGCAGAUGGCUGGAAUUGAUUGGUUCUAAUCCCUGGAGAGGAGAGGGUUAUAUCGAGUUAGGGGAAGAGUACUUACAGAAGGCAUGUUUUUGUGGUCAAACAUCAGGAGGCGAAUCAUUCUUGGAGUUUCUUGAAUAUCAUGUUGGAGCUUCUGAUAUUCCUGAUUUAUCUCCUCCCAAUGCCGGGAUUCCUACGGUGUCAGGACCACUGACCAAGAAGAAUGCGAUUUUAUUGUUAGAUUGGAUAAACAGUCUCAUAACCAAUCGAAUAACAAUACCAGAGAAGUUCUUAACUUGCAUAAGCAAUGGCAGCUGGUUGAAGGUUACAAUGAAUGGGUCUUCUAGUUAUAAGGCACCAUCACAGUCAUUCUUGCUCUCGCCGAAGAAGAAAAACUCUAAAUGGGGAAGUAUUUUACAGGAUGGAUCUGUGGUAGUUGAUAUUCCUUUAGUGGAUCUGAACUUUUAUGGUGAAAUUAUUAAUGAUUAUGAAGUGGCACUCAAAGAAAUAGGAGUGAUGUUCGAGUAUGAUGAAGCGUGUGAAUAUAUUGGUCAAUGCCUCAUGUCACAUGUUAAUUCCUCCACUUCAACAAGAAGCACUGUAUUUUCAAUGCUUAAGUUCCUCAGAUUUCUUAGGGAAAAAUUCUUGGCCCCAGAUCAAUUUAUUUCAAGCAUUAAAGGAGGAAAGUGGCUACAGACGACAUCACAUGGUUACCACUCUCCUGAGGAAUGUGUUCUACGUAAGGGGCAAUGGGCAGUUGCAGAGCAAAUCAGUGAACUUUACUUCAUCAAUGAUGCUUAUUAUGGACCGGAGAUUAAUUCCUUCGAAGAUGAACUCAAGUGUCUUGGUGUAAGAGCUUGCUUGACUGGUAGCCACGAUCUUAUUGUCCAGCACUUGAAAUCGAGUGCUUGCUUGUCUGGUGAUUUGACAAAGGAAGCUCUCUUCCUGAUCUUCGAAUGUAUGCGGAAUUCCAAGGCUGCUGCUUCCAAAGUUGUUGGCACGAUACAACAAGCUAGAUGUUUGAAGACCAACGUUGGUUACAGGUCCCCUGGCGAAUGCUUCUUGUGUGACCCUGAAUGGGGCAGCCUUCUGGAGGUUUUCUACGGUUCCUCCCCAAUCCUUGAUCGCAACUUCUAUGGUGAUGAAAUCAUCGACUUCAAGUCGGAACUAAAACAAUUGGGUGUGAAGGUCGAUUUCGAGGAUGCCACCAAAGCUUUCGUGAGUACUUUCAAGCAGCAGGCAUCGUUGUCAAAGAUCACAAAGACACACGUCCUGUCAUUUCUUGCCUGCUACAGACGUCUGAAGGUACUUAAGAGACCUCUCUCUGAUAUCAAAACCUGCAUUCUGUCUCAGAGGUGGCUCUGGACAAGGCUUGGUGUUUAUAGAUCUCCAAGAGAGUGUAUUCUGUUUGGCCCUGAGUGGAAACCUCUCCUUGCAAUUACUCGUCUUCCUUUCCUCGAUGAUAGUUACAGCAGCAAUGGCUACGGGAAGGAUGUUGUUGACGAGUAUGCAAGAGAGCUCAAGCUGUUGGGUGUGGUUGUUAGUUUGAAAGAUGGGGCUAAGUUUGUGCCUUUCUGUCUUUAUUUCCCUGAGGAUCCAUCCACCAUCGCUCCCUCAAGUGUCCUGUCACUGUUACAAUGCAUCAGGAUUCUACUGGAGCAGAAAGAUUAUUCAUUUCCCGAGUCUUUUAUUGGUAAGGUCUCUAGCGAAUGGUUGAGAACUUGUGUUGGUUACAGGGCUCCAAAGGAUUGCUGCUUGUUUGAUUCCUAUUGGGAGAUGAUGGGUCUGAAGCCAAUUGAUGGACCUUUCAUUGACGAAUCUUUUUUCGGCCCCAAAUUGUUAUCUUAUAAAGAAGAGCUAAGAAAGAUAGGAGUUCGCACUAAACCGGAAGAGGUAUGCAAGAUACUUGCCAGACAACUUGGUGAGAACUUGGAAUCAACCUCCAUAGUGAGAAUAUAUAAUUUCUUGGGACAACAAAAAUGGAAGCCUGAGAAUGAUGAAUCGAAGCAGAGGAUAUGGUUUCCUGACGAGUGUGGCCGCUCUGGGAAGUGGGUGAAUCCCGAAGAAUGCGUUCUACGUGAUAGAGACGAUCUCUUUGGCUCCCAACUAUAUGUUCUGGAGAAACACUACAAAUUCAAAUUACUGGAUUUCUUCAAGGAAGCAUUUGGUGUUAAAAGUAAUCCGUCGCUUACAGAUUACUGCGAGCUUUGGAAGACAUGGGAAAGAUCUGGUCGCAGUUUGACACCUUCCAAGUGCUGUUCUUUCUGGAGUUUUAUUGUUAUGAACAGCCACCAAGUGGACAAGGAAAAACAAAUUCUUGCUGGAGAGAUGUCGAGGCUGCCAGUCGUUUCUGGUGAACAAAUUGUGUUGGCUGAUAAGCACGAUGUCUUCAUCGCCGAUGACCUUCAACUGAAAGAGCUGUUCUCCGAGUAUUCUUCAAUAUUUGCCUGGUAUCCUCAACCGAGUUCCCCGUUUUUGCCUCGCACCAAGUUGAUGGAAGUUUUCAGGGGAAUCGGAGUUCGUGCCAUUUCCGAGUCUGUGCAGAAAGAAGAAGAGAACUCCACAGCAGCCAACAAGUGUAAACAUCUGAAUCACUUAACAUGGAAGAAUCUAGCCAAGAUCAUACUAGGUUUUCUAGCUCAUCCAUCUCUCGACAUGGAAGCUAAGGCAAGGCAUGAUAAAGUGAAGAUCCUCCUUAAUCUCACUGUCCUGGAGACGGUGGAGCCAUUGGCCGUCACCUACAGCCUGACUCUAUCUUCAGGGGAAGUCAUCAGUGUGAAAGCCACCCAAAUGAUCCGCUGGGAUAAGGACGAGGGCAAGUUGUACACACAGAGGCUGGAGAAGGGUAGCAGAGGAAGCAGAAGUGGAAGAAAUCUGCUCGAGUAUGCUUGCCGUUUCUCUGAAGUAAUCGCUAAGGGAGUCCUUUGGGAUCAGAAAGAGGAACAAAUAACUGCUCUCUCCGCGAUAAUCAAGCUGGCUGUUCUCGUCAAAUUCGAAGGAGCAGCUGUCGACUUCCUGAUGAAGGUCAAUAAUCUGCAGAUCUUCAUGGAAGAUGAGGAGUUCCUCGCCUCUGCAUUUCCUUCUUCGACUUAG